AUGGAGAUUACUAUACCGUUUACCGAAGCACUUCAACAAAUUCAUGUUUAUGCAAGGCGUAUAAAGAAAUAUAUUAGAGAAAAGAUGGAUUUUGAGGAGAAGGCUACUGAGGAACAAGAAGGUUGUAGUGACCCUUUGAAGAAGAAACACCCUCCAAAAAUGAAGGAUCCGGGAAGUUUUACAAUUCCUUGCGCCAUUGGGAGUGUGAAGAUAGGAAAAGCUUUACUUGAUUUAGGGUCAAGUAUUAAUUUGAUGCCUUUAUCUAUGCUAAAGAAGAUUGGUGGUCAUAUAUUAAAGCCAACAAAGAUUUCCUUGAUCAUGGCAAAUGGAUCAUCAAAGAAACCCUAUGGUGCGGUGGAGGAUGUUGUGAUUCGAAUUGAAAGUCUUGAGUUCCUGGUUGAAGGAGGAUGA